GGGGGAGAGUGGGAGUGGGAGUGGUUAUGGUGCUGGGGGUACUGCUUAUGGGGGGAGUGGAUACAGUGGGAGUGGUUAUGGUGCUGGGGGGAGUACUUAUGGUGGUGCUGGGAGUACGUAUGCUGGGAGCGGUACGCACGCAGGGGGCAGUGACGAUGAGCGUGGCAGUCACUAUAGUCAUCGGAGUAGUAGUCAUAGUCACCAUAGUCACCACCAUAGUCAUCAUCAUGGGCAUGAGCAUGGGCAUGGACAUGGGCAUCAUCACCACCAUCACCACCAUCAUCAUCGGCAUCGCCAUCAUCGGAGUCGGUCGAGGAGGAGCGUUUCUGGGUCUGGGUCUGCGGAGGGGUCUAUGGAGGAUUGAGUCUGGAUGCUUAUAUCUCCAGUCAGAGGGUUGAGGUGCCUGGGAAGCUGAAAGAAAAGGGGGGUCCGGGGGAGAACCCCCGGAAACGCUUAUUCUACUGAUAUAGAAUUGAGGUGCUUGGGAAGCUGAAAGAAAAGGGGGGUCCGGGGGUUCUCCCCCGGGAUGCUUUAGG